UCCAACGUUCUCAAGUCAAGAUGGCCAGCGGAGGUUUGCAGAUGCUGGGCUUCAUCCUGGCGUUCAUCGGCUGGAUCGGCAUCGUGGUGAGCACGGCCAUGCCCCAGUGGAAAAUCUCCUCCUACGCCGGGGACAACAUCGUGACGGCCCAAGCCAUCUACGAGGGCCUCUGGAUGUCGUGCGUCAUGCAGAGCACGGGGCAGAUGCAGUGCAAAGUCUACGACUCCCUGCUCAAGCUGGAGGCCAGCCUUCAGGCCACUCGGGCCCUGAUGGUGGCGAGCAUCCUUUUGGGCCUCAUUGCCACAUUUGUCGCCAUGAUUGGAAUGAAGUGCAUGAAGUGUAUGGAGAGCGAUGAACCCAAGAAAAUGAUGAUGGCCUUGGUCGGCGGCAUUGUCUACCUGGUCUCAGGAUUUGCAGCCUUGGUGGCCACAUCUUGGUAUGGAAACCGUGUGGCUCGGGAUUUCUUCAACCCUUAUACACCAGUCAACACUAGAUUCGAAUUCGGGCAAGCCCUCUUCGUUGGCUGGGCAGCUGCUUCUCUAGCCAUCUUGGGAGGAGCUUUCCUGUGCUGUUCCUGUCCCCGGAGAGAAACCUCCUACCCUCCAGCCCGGCCGUACCCAAAGAGUGCCCCCUCUGCAGGGAAAGAUUACGUAUAAUACUGAAUG